AUGCUGUUCGACGAAGAGCAGGCACUAGCAGCUUUCGACGACUUGGUCGCUCGACAGGUCAUUCUCUACGGUCCUGAGACGGUCGUGAGAAUCAAGGAUCAAGGGUUUGGGUUCGAGUUCCGGAUCUGUCCAGAAUUAGCGUUGAAGCCGGCGACGGCUGAUGCGACCAACAACGCCGCCUUUGAACAACUGCCCAAGUAUGGGCCUGGCAGCGACCUCGUCGAUGCCGACCCAGGCCUGGUGGUGACCAAGGUCCAAGGGACGCAUCUGCUGGUUCUAAACCGGUUUGCCGUCUUUCGGCCACAAUACCUGAUCUUGACCCUCGAUUCGUUCCGGCGGCAGACCGAGGAUCUCGACAAGACGGACCUCGCGGCCGCAUGGCUUGUGCUUCACCAUCUCAGCCAUGAGCAUUUUGUCAUGUUCAACUGUGGGAACGAGGCCGGCUGCAGCAGAUCACACAAGCACAUGCAGGUGAUUCCCUGCUCGGAUGGCUUCGAGUUAUUUCCCGACCUGGAGACUCUGGAUCCGGAAGGCAUUGCCUUCAGCUACUUUGUUCAACGUCUCCAGCCUGAAGUGCAGGAGACACUGGAUUCUUUGCUUCCAGUAUACCAGUGGUUACGCCACGAGGCCCAUGCAGUUUGGCGAACCUGCUCCGAGGACACCCUGGAUUACUUCCCUCACAACAUGGUGCUUACGAAACGGUGGAUGAUGGUGAUACCCCGGCGAAAAGUGGCAGUUCAAGGAGCGAGUGCCAACGCCGCAGGAAUGAUGGGCAUGGUUUGGGUUACGAAUACACAACAGGUAGAACAGUGGCAAAGGCUGGGGCUGACGAAGGUGCUGGCUGAGCUGGGUGUCGCUAGAGGAACGGGGACGGGGUGA